UUUAUUUGUCAACAAAUGUUAAAUCAUUUUUAAAUGUUGAACAAAGCUGUUGUUUAUAGUAAUAUAUUUUAAAAUCUAAUAAUAAAUAUUAAUACUUAAAAGUCUUCACAAUGAAUGAAACAUUGACAGACCAUUAUUUAGAAUUAACUACCAAACCGGUUCGUUUUGAAGCUGUUAAUCAGCUAACAAAUGUCUUUUUUGAUGAUUCCAACAAUGAUGUAUUUGCUGUACGCUCUGGAGGAGUUAUGGGAGUGGUGGUAAAAAGUCCUCGCGAUGAUAAUUCACUAAAUUUUCGAAUGGAAGACCACGGACCAGUUUUAUCUAUAAAAUUUUCAUUAGACCAUAAAAUUCUUGCUGUUCAGAGAACUAAUAACUCUGUAGAAUUUAUGAACUUUAAUGACAAUAUAAUUGAUUCAGAGUAUUCUCAAAGCUGUAAAAAAAAUUCAAAUGUGCUUGGUUUUGUUUGGUCUUGUAUAAAUGAAGUAGCUCUUAUAACUGAUCAUGGAGUAGAGUUAUAUGUGGUCAUUCCUGAAAAGAAAUCUUUAAAACAUUUGAAAACUUUAUCUGCAACAGUGCAGUGGUUUGUUUGGUGUUCAUUAAAUAAAUUAGCUCUCCUAGCUUCAGCACAUGGUUCACAAUUGCAACCCGUUUUAUUUAAACAGGGAACAGUUUGUAAAUUACCAAAAGUAGAAACUGAACCUGGUCGUAUGGCACUUGAAAGAGAUGUGACAUUAGCAACGCUUUAUGGUAUACCUGCUGUUUUAAUACUUCGUCAUCAAAGUGGUCCUCAAACAGCAGAAGUCCAUGUUCAUACUUUAAAUGGACCUGGACAAGCACCUAUCAAAACUCAUGUUUUAAAGUUAGGUUUAUCAGGGCGAUUUGCUAUUAACGUUGUUGAUGACCUUAUUCUAGUUCACCACCAAGCAUCUAGAAGUUCUCAAGUAUUUGAUAUAGCACUGCCUGGAGAAAGUGAUGGUAAUAUUACAUAUCAUUCAUCCGUUGCUCCGGCUAAAUCUUUCCGCCCCACUAGUUUAGCACUUCCAGGACUUGUAGAACAUCAGACUCAUAUAUGUGAGCUCUAUUCUCCGAACUGGGUAGUAUUUCAACCUAACAUCGUAAUUGAUGCCAAAUUGGGGUGUCUCUGGCAUAUUAAAUUAUGCUUACCUGAAUUGUGCAAUCAGAUUUCAGAAUUAAAUACUUGCACACAAGUGACUUUAAAACGAACAAAUGGCAAAACAGUUUUAUUAAAGGUUCUACUGGAUAAUAUAAAACAAGAGAGACCGCCACUAGAUAAGUUGCAAGAGUCGUUUAAUCACAUCAAUUGUGUGUACCGCGAUUGGCUUGAAAUUGAAUUACAAAAUCUUUCUGCCUCUCCAGCCAAUGUUCCAUUAUCAACAAAAUGUGUGACACCGCCCCGAGUGCUUAUAGACCAGGACGAUAUGUAUAAUGAAAUAUUUCAAAAAUUGGACUGUGAAAAAGACCUCCGGAAGAUAGAAUGUUUGUUGAUCGCCUACAUGACGUCCCUUUCCGAAUACAGUAUACCUCCUCAACAUAAUCUUAAUGAACUUUUAAUUACAAAUUUGGCUCAACAAAAGAAAUUUACUGCAUUGCAACAACUCUUACAGUAUGGUGUAAUAUCAAAUACCAAACCGCUGGCUUGCUUACUUCUGUCAUUGGGGAAUAUGCAUCCGUCUGCUUUACAGAUGGCUCUCGAUAUGUUGGCUAGAAUCGGAGCUAAAGAAGAAAUCCAAGAAAUUCUUUUGAGUGAAGAUCAAAUUGUUUCGGCUUUAAAGAUAGCAGAAGAUAGUGCGAAUCCUCGGAAAUUUCUUUCAGCUGCCAGUAAAUCCGGGAAUCACACUUUAUUACACAGCAUAUUAGCUCAUUUCAGGAAUAAUCCUCACUUUGCUGCCGUCAUUAAAAAAGACGAACGCUUUAUGAGUUUUGUACAACAAUAUAAUUCAAUUUUUUAUGAAUGAAGAAAUGAUAUUGUUACUAGUAUAAAAAUAUGUGAUUAAUUGUACUGAUUAUAA